AUAAAACCCAACGCAAAGCAAUGAAGCGUACGUCGUCGUCUUCUCUGAAAAACCUUCCACGUACUGUAGCACCUCCUUCUUCUUCCAUGGCAUUUGGCACUCUCCUCCCUUCCCCACGUAUCCCUUAUCCGCCGCCAUUUCCCCCCUUUUUCAGACCACCCACCGUCAACACUCUUCUCCACUCCUCUGCUCCAGUUCAACGCCCCCGCUCUGCUAUUCAUGGAACAACAACAGAUCGCAGAUCGGAAUCCCACCGUCGACAAUGAAAUCCAAUCAAAGAACAACGAAGAAUCCCAAGAAACUACAAGAAAACAGGAAGAGGAGCAUCCACUUCCAUUAAUGGCGCUCAAUCACGUCUCCAGAGUAUGCAGAAGCGUCAAGGAUUCCGUCGAUUUCUACACCAAGGUUCUAGGGUUCGUCCUCAUUGAAAGGCCGCAGAGCUUCGAUUUCGAAGGGGCUUGGUUGUUCAACUACGGCGUCGGGAUUCACUUGAUGCAAUCUGAGGAGGAAGAUAAUUUUGGAGUUCGUGGAGGCAAUAAGGAUGAUGAUCAUCUCGAUCCCUUGGACAAUCACAUCUCAUUUCAGUGUGAAGACAUGGAAGCGAUAGAAGAGAGAUUGAAGGUAUUGGGAGUGAAAUACAUGAGGAGGACAUUGGAAGAAGAGGAGAAUGGAGAAUCGAUUGAACAGCUUUUCUUCAACGAUCCCGAUGGAUUCAUGAUCGAGAUCUGCAACUGCGAGAAUAUUAAGGUGGUGCCGACGGGUUCGUCCGGCAGGAUUAAGCUUCCGGCCGGUCGCCAUAACCCUCCAUUGGAAUUGAAUGAUGACAAGAAAUAAUUUGGACAUUUUCGAUUUAGAAGUGUUAUCGGAGAGAAGUAGGGAUAAUUUACAAAUUAACCUAAGGCCACGUUUAAGUAAAUGGUAAUCUGAAAAUUCCCUUUAAGGUAAUUUGAAGUGUGGGUUUCAUUUGAAUUCGAAAUUCGUAAUCAACAAGUAAUCUCAUGUGGAGAUGAGAGUGAACAAUUCAAUUACAUUUGAAAAUAACACUCCAAUUAUAUUUAAUUGAAAAUUAGGUGAGAUCCAUCGGUGUUCUUGAAAGUCAUGUUUGUCUUUACAUAUUGUCAAUUAUUGUUUGUACCGAUUUGGUUGAUCGGUAACGAGCAUUAAAUA